CGUAACUUCUUUGAUAUAAUACUUAUUACUUAUUAGGAACAAAGGAUCAAUAGAAUAACAUAGUGAAGUAUGGAAAUGGAAAUAAUAUCAAGAGAAAUCAUAAAACCCUCCUCACCAACUCCUCCUCACCUCAAAAAUUUUCCUCUCUCUUUCAUAGAUCACAUCACUUUCCGCAACUAUGUUCCCUUACUUUUCUUUUACGAUGAUACCAAAGUUUGUGACCAAACAUCCAAAAUCUCACACCUCAAGAAUUCUUUAUCUCAAAUUCUAUCCAUAUAUUACCCCUUUGCAGGUAGGUUCAAAGAUCAAGUUUCAAUAGAAUGCAAUGACCAAGGUGUAUCGUUUUUAGUCGCAAAUAUUGGAACAAAAUUAUCAACAAUUCUCCAAAAUCCAAAUCAAAAUUUGUUGAACCCUUUGUUCCCCGAUGAAUUACAAUGGAAGACCGCGAAUUGGAGUGAAAGUAUAUUAGCCAUUCAGAUAAAUUGUUUUGCAUGUGGAAGAAUUGUAAUAAGCGUGUGCGCGUGUCACAAAAUUAUAGAUGCUUCAACUGCUUUUAAUUUUGUAAACGAUUGGGCCGAAAUUAAUCGUGAAAAACAAAAGUCAAAGUCAAUAUUAUCGAUAUUACCAUACAACGCACUUUAUGCGGGAGGUACAAUAUUCCCACGUGCGACUUUUCCAAUUUUUCCGGAAGUUGAGUUUGUAAAACACGAAGCAAUAGUGUGCAAAAGGUUUGUGUUUGAAGCUUCUAAGAUAAAGUUACUUAAGGGUAUGAUGGUAAAUUCUCAUUCCAACCCGGUGAAAAAUCCCACACGUGUAGAAGUUGUUACUGCAUUGAUUUAUAAGUGUGCAGUUUCUGCAUUGGGACUAAAUUUUAAAACGACGUCGCUUCGAAUGGCCGUGGAUCUUCGUAGAAGAAUGGUUCCUCCGUUGUUGGAUAAAAGUGUAGGAAACUUGGUUUGGUUCUUAUUUGUUAUUAACCCGGAACUACAUGAUGUGGUAUGCAAAAUUAGAGAAGGAUUGUGUGAGUUUUGUGAGAUUUAUCCGAAGAAAUUUGGAGGGAAGGAAAAGGAUUUGUCAUUUAUAUUAGAAUGUUUAAAACAAGUUACCACUAAUUCAAAUGCAGAGAAUCAGAGUUUAAUAAUUUAUGCUAGUUGGUGUAGGUUUCCAAUGUAUGAAGCUGAUUUUGGGUGGGGGAAACCAAUAUGGGUGACAACUAGUGCUUGUCCCGCGAGGAAUGCGAUAGUUUUGAUGGAUACGAGAGAUGGAGAUGGGAUUGAAGCCCUUGUGAAUAUGGAACAGAAUGAUAUGGUCAUUUUUCAACGUCACGUGGAACUCUGUCAAUAUGCCUCUCUUAAUCCGAGUAUUAUAGCUAAUGACUCUAACUAAAUCAAUAUGUAGGUAUAUUCAUCAUGUUUAAAUUUGUAUAGAAUUUAUAGUUAUUAGUAACAAUGCUAUGUAACCUUCAAGUGAUGUACUGGAUAAUUUAACACUCCAUAAGAACAUUGUUUUCUUUACACAA